CACAAAGAAACAUGCUCACUGCAUAAAACAGUGCGCAAUCUAAAAACAGAUCGGAUUCUGCUCAGCUUUUUCCAGUUUUGUGCUGUAAAGAUGAAAUUAAUGCUGCUCCUCACAUUCACUGCACUGGCUGUGUUUGAUUCCCAAAAAAGAGGAGCACACUCGUGCCCAGAUCUGUGCUCCUGCUCUUUUCAGCUUUUGGGUGCAGAGGUGGUGUGCAGCCAACGCUCCCUCACACAUUUCCCCCUAAAAGGUUUACCUUCCAACACCACACGGUUGUCCAUCCAGUCGUCAAACCUCAGCAGCAUCACAGCCAGUCAUCUGAGAGCAGUGCCCCUCUUAAACAGGCUCCAGCUGUACCAUGUCAACUUGAUAAACCUUACUUCACAGCUACUGAGCGCUGUGCCUCACCUGGACACGUUGGAUCUCACUGGAAAUCAACUGGCUCAUCUGCCUCCAAACAUUUUCAAGCAUGGCUCCCUCCAUGACCUGGUGCUGAAAAACAAUCAGUUUGAAAAAGCAGAUGCAGCGUGGUUUCCUAAAAACAGCAGUCUCACCUGGCUGGACUUGUCCGGGAACCACAUAACCAGCAUCCCAGCUGCUCUGCUGCAGAGGCUGCCACAUCUGCAGGACCUAGACUUGAGUGAUAACAAUCUGCAAGAGCUACAGGGUGACAUAUUUAAAAGCCUGCACCACUUGGAGACCCUCAAUCUCGCUGGCAACAAAUUAAGCUCCCUGAGACCUGCAACCUUUGCUCAAAACCUGAGACUAAAACAACUGUUUCUGCAGGAGAAUCAGCUCCGAGAGCUGCCAGCAACCCUCCUGCAGAGUCUGCAACACCUUGAUCUUCUGCUGCUCAAUCAGAAUCAGCUCCAGCAACUCCCCGCAGGCCUGCUGGAUGGGAGGAAAUCCUCUUUUCAGAUAAUCCUAACAGGGAACCCCUGGGAGUGUGAUGAAAAGAUGGAGUAUCUGUGGAAAUGGCUCACUGUCCAUCCUGAAAAUGUCCCAUUUCUGGAGGGAGUUAUCUGUGACAGCCCCAAAACGCUCAGACAUCAGCCAGUAAGGUCUCUAACUGAGGGUCAACUUGGUAUAUAAUCCCAACAAAAUGCACAUUCGGUGAUGGGGCUGUGAACAGAACAGUAUUUUACAAUUCCUCUGUUUAUUUUUCAUGUCAAAUUAAAAAGAGCUGAUGAAUAUUCAACUGUUUUCACAGUUCCUCAUUUCUUCCUUGUUUGAAUACCGUCCAGCCCACUGCCUGCCACAAAGAUGGAGCAGAUAAAUUCAGAGCCAAUGUAGUCCUUACACCCAAGCCAAAAAAA